GUUCAUGAAAUGUGGUUGACUGAGCGAGGAAAAAUAGUGACCCAGUGUUCACAGCAAAACGACUUGCGUAUCGUUAACACGUAAGCAACAAUGUAAAGUGAUUUUUCUUUGAACUAUACAACCCAUUAUGAUCAAAGGCAGAGGACUACAAGAAGUAACCUGCACUGUUCCUAGUGGUUUUUUAUGUUAAACCAGAGUAGCUGUUACUCCUUUGAUGGUAAUGUAACUCUCAGUAGUUAUCACUGAAAUCAAACUCAUGAGAAAAAGGAAAUGUUUUGAACGAGAAAUAAACACCCUUUUUUUUUUUUUUUUUUUUUUUUUUAAGAAACUGCGGGUUUACAUUGCGACCACGAGUAUAUAGGAUGUCCGCUGCUGAUCAGGUAAGCGUUAGCUGGGAGAAAAUCUUAUAACGCAGCACCCAUAUCCCCAUUGUUAUCAGGAUACUUUGUUUCUCUCUUUGUUUCUUGUUUCUCUUACUACAUUAUCGUAUACAAACGUCAAAAGGCUACAUCAAAGAACCAACAAACAUUAGCAAAACCUUAAUUUUUUCUUAACUUCAUUAGGGCUUUCAUGAAAUGUCGUUGACUGAGCGAGGAGAAAUAAUGACCCAAUGUUCACAGCAAAACGACUUACGUAUCCCUACCACGUAAGUAACAAUCUAAAGUACUACAGGAGCUGUAAUGCCAAAUCUCGCGCUAUAUAUAGAAAGGACCAUCAGGGCAUUUUUUUGUCAUCCACAGCUCCUGUGCCAAUUAUUCUUCUUUUUUAUUUCUUGGUAAUCAUUAACAGGGUUAAUUCCAUGUAUUUUUAUCUAAUGUAAUAGUAUACAUUAUUAGACAUAUUCAGAUGAUAGUUAUGACAGUAGUUUUAUAGAUGAUAGUGAACUGAAUGAUGUCUUUUACUUUGAUGACUGGAGUAACAUAAGACAUUUCACAGAUGAUGAUAUAUUAGAAGCAGACAAAGAAUUACAUAAUAUAUUAGAAAAUUUAAGAAAACCAAGAACACAUUUAUAGAUAUAUUAUCUAUGCAUUAAUAUAGACAAUUUAUUGUAAUCAAAUAAUUCAUGAUGAAUUGGAUGAUACAAUAUGUGACCCAUUUGUUGUUUGAGUUGAUAAAUUCAAACAUGGUGUUGUAUGAUGGUCUUUUACCCGUGAUGUGGGUGAUAAUAAUAAUGUGUCAUUACUAUUGUUGCCUUAAUAAUAACCGGAAAGAAUAAUUUCAUAAUAUCCAUUAAGUAUUACUUUUAAUGUUUUGUUGGAAUCAAUGAAUGUGAAAUGUGAUGAAUGCGAAAUAGUUGGAUCUAAAGUGUUGAACUUAACAUGAAAAUUCAGCAAAUAUGGUUUGAUAAAACCUUAAAAAGACAAGAAAGGUGAAACUGUGACUAAGGCAUUCAACAGCACAUUAAAGGAAGGCAGACAACCACAAUAUCUAUGGGUUUACAUGGGUAAGGAGUUCUAUUAUAAACAUCUCAAAGAAUUAUUAGACAAAAAGAGUGUUAAAAUGUACUCAACUGAAAAUGGAGAAAAAUUCAUUGUUGUUGAAAGAUGGAACAGAACAAUAAAACAAAGAAUGUGAAAACAGUUCACAGUCCAAGGCAACACACAAGAUCUUGACAUAUUUCCUCAAAUAGUGUUAAAAUACAACACCACAAAACAUUCAAGCCUAAAAAUGACACCAACUGAAGCAAGCAUAAAGAAGAAUAAAGGGACUGUUUAUUUUAAUUUAUAUGGUGAUAUAGAGACAUCAACAAAACCAAAAUUCAAAGUUGGGGAUAAGGUGAGAAUAUCAAAAUACAAGAGUAAAAGAUUUGUCAAAGGAUAUACUCCAAAUUGGACAGAAGAGAUGUUUAUUGUUGACAAAGUUUUGUAUACCAAUCCCAUCACUUACAAAAUAAAGGAUUUGAAAAAUGAAGUAAAAAGGAUCAUUUUAUGAACCUGAAUUAUUGCAAGCAAAACAUUAAGUUUUCAGAGUUUAUUCGGAGAAAAUAUAAAAAGAAACAAGAACAAGCUCCGGUGAAGUGGAAAGGAUAUGAUGAUGAUUUCAACAAUUGGAUACCAAUUAAGGAUUUGAUUAAUAUUAAAAAAGAUAGUAUAUGAAAGACAGAUAUAUUUCUUGUAACACAGAAAAUAAGAGCUGUUUAAUGGCUUUCACGAGGCUGAAGCAGAAGAUAAUUUCAUUAAUAAGUCGUCAUAUGAAAAGAAGAUUAAAGUAGUCAGAUGAAAAGAAGUUUAAUAAGUUGUUGAAGGAAAGAGAGUAUAAAAAUUACUACCGAGAGCCGUGUAAUAACAAAAACCAUUUUUCGGCUAAGAGCUGAGGGUGUAAAAACGACCCCCUGCUUCAGCCCAUAUAAAAUUAUCUCAAGGGAUUUAAAGAACAAUAUGAAAAGUACUUAAACGUAAGUCACUUGUGUAUAGUAUAAUAACUUUUAAUGAAUGGGUAUGUAAUAAUAAUAAUUUUAAGGUUAAAAUAACAGCUCACAUUGAUGAUGAACAGAAUAUCUGAUUUAAGAGUAAACAAGUGGCUGAAAUACUUAGAGAUGUAGAUACUAAUCAAGCCAUAAGAAAACAUGUAUACUCUGAGGACAAAAGAAAGUGGACCCGUUAAAUCGACGGGUCUUUCUAAGGCUCAUAAAAAAACCAAACGCACACAUCACACCAUAUUCAUCAAUGAAUCUGGGUUAUACUCUUUAUCAUUAUCAAGUAAAUUAGAAUCAGCUAAGAAGUUCAAACACUGGGUUACAAGUAAAGUACUUCCAACAAUCAGUAAAUAUGGUCAGUAUAGAUUGUUUGAUAAUCCAGAUAGUAAGAUGUUUAAAAUAGAGACAAGAGACAAAUGUACAUUAUAAAGUUGUUGCAUUCAUUGGAAAGCGGUUUCCGGAUACUACUAAUACUAUUGCCCAAUGAGGAGAGAACUAAGAUACGUCAUACAAGAGAAUUAGUUUGUAUAAAAAAGGCAUUACAGGUGGUCAACCAGAUAUUAUUAUUGCUGACAAUCACCUUACUCACAGAGGCUUUCAUGUGGAGUUUAAAACAAUUGAAAUUACAAGGUAUCUGAUAAACAAUUAGCCAUGAUUGAAAAAUACUAGAAGGAUACAAGUGUACGAUAUCUAAUGAUUAAGAUGAGACUAUUCGAGAGACACGUGAAUUUAUGAAAGAUGUUAGAAUUAAAUGUGACCAUUGUAAUAUACAAUUCAAAACAGAUGAAACAUUUGGUACACAUUUGAAAUACAUUCAUAAAAUUGUUGAAGAGUAAUUAUGUAUUGUUAAAGAUCUUAGAAUUAAAUAUAUGUAGUUUAUAUUAUUAAAACCAAUUUAAGAGGAAUGAAAAUUUAAAAUGGAUUUAAAGAACAACACAAAAGUAUUUAAAUGCAAUACACCUAUAUUUAAUGUUAAUGGAAAUAUUAUCCAAAGCAAGAAUAUGAAUAGACAGUAUGGAAAAAAUGAGCAAAUCUGAAUUGAUUUACCUGUUGAUGAAGCAGCAAUCAAGUGGACCAAAAGCUGUGGUAGGUAUGAAAAGUGUUAAGCAAAUAGGAUCAGAAUUUGAAAAGGCAACAGAAGUAGCACCUGUACCUCCACCAAGGUACAAAUACAAAAUACAGAAAAUAAUGAACAAGAGUGAGGAAAUGGACAAUACUAUUGAAACAAUAGAGGAGAAGUAUAAGAAGUUGGUUAAUGAUUAUGUUUCAAUGAAUAUAAAGAAUGUAAGAAUUAUGAAUACAAAAAAUGUAAAAACAUGUCCCAUGAAAUAUGUUUUAUAGCAAAGGUACCGUGAUGAUUGUAUAAUGAGACUGCUAAACAGAUGUUGGAUGACUUUCAUCCAAGGGCAUUAAAAUGGUGUUCAACAGAUGUUAUACCAGAUAAUGUAGUAAAUAUGGACAUCUGUAAGUCCUAUCCUAAUGUACUAUUAAGUAGUACCCAUCCAAUACCUUUGUACAGUAUGUGCUAAGUUUUAUGUUGACGAGACUGUUAUCAACUAUUACAAGUCACUCAUUAUUAUAGAAGUAGAUUUUUACAGUGCUAAUCUUGUAAGAGACUCAGUAGAUGUAUAUACAUGCCAAUCACACAGAUAAAAUACGACAUCACAUCUAAAAGAGCCCCUAAACCAGAUACUUUCAAGGAGUAUCUUACCUGUAAGUUUGUUUUGAAUGAAUAACCAGAAGCUGAAGCCAAGAAGAUGGCCAAUAGUUUCAUCGGUGAACUUGGUAGGAAGUAUGACAAGAUCAACCGUGGUUGUACAUGCACAGAAUAUGAUACUGCUAUGCGUUGUUGGACAUCUGCCAUGAAUGAGAAGAGAACCUUCCUAUUGAUCACCAUGAUGACUUGUAUAUGAUCAGAGAGCAGAGAGUGGAGAGGUUGUUCUCUGACAAUACCAUAGGCCAUACUAAAGUGUUUGCAGCUCAUUGAUUGUUGCUAUUCUGAAGAUAGUGUAUUAUAUGGUUGUAAUGCAGACGGUAUUUAUAGCACAAGCAGUAAAAUGAAUUUCAGGAACAAGAAAGAUAUAAGUUUAGCUCAAAAAAAACAAAAAAAAAAAUUGGCAAAGCAUUCAAGACAGAUUCCGAGCUAACAUACAUUGAAAAGCAUUAAAGAGAAAAUAUGUGCUUUGAUGACUGUCAUGUCAAAAAAGGAGAUGGUGUGUUACAUAAUGAACAGGCUGGCCGUGGUGAAACACAAGAGCUCUGUGAGUUGGUUAAACAGUCAGAUAAAUGUAUUGUGUUGUCUUGUACUAAUAAAGCCGUAAAUAAUGUCAAAGCAAGUUUGCAAGCUUUUGGAUACGACAAGACACAGGUCAAUAAAAUGUGUUACACUUUUGAUAGUUACUUGUGGAUAAGAGUAUUGAUAGCCUUGAAGGUAAAGAUAUCUUCACUGAGGAGUUUAAUAUGGUACCUAAUAAAUGGAUUACUACAAUUUGUAAAGCUUUUACAAUGUUCAAUAACAAGGUAUACUCGUUUGGUGAUUGCAAUCAAUGUCAACCUGUAGAAGCUGGUAGUCAAGUGCAUUAUCAUUAUCAGUUAUCAGCUACUAUCAAUCAAAUGUGUCGCACAACAAAAAAUAUAAUACAUUGAACGUACUGAUAGAUAUGAGAAAGAGACCAAUAAUAUGCUCGAUACAUUCCUCAAGACUGAUAAGAUAUCCCCUUACUUUGAACCAAUAGGUAAGUACAAUGAGAAUAUCUGUUCUAUGAAUACUACCAGGAUAAGAGUAAAUACAGAAUGCUGUGAUAGAUUUGUACAAAACAAAAAAAGGGACCAUUGACUUAAAGUAUGAUGGUAAGACUGAGAAAUACAAGGUAUGUGUUAGUACUCCUAUAACUGCAACACAAAAUAUCAAAGACAAACAAAUGUUCAGUACAAUGGAGUUUAUUGUGCAGGAUAUUAAACAUAACAACGUUAAGAUAAAUGGUGGAUGGUUUGACAUUAGUAAGUCUGCAGAAUACUUCAUCCCUAGUUUGAGUGUUACAGUUUAUAAUACCAAGGUGCAGACAUCAAUGAGAACUAUAAUAUCUGCGAUGUCAAUCGCAAGGGUAAAAGACAAUUCUAUACCGCAUUAUCUCGUACCAGAAAGUUUGAGUUCAUUCAUCUGAACUUCAAAGAGCUACCAGAGUACAACCAAUGUUGGAUUGACAUAAUUAUAGUAAGUUUAAUAGUCUAUACAAGAAUGGUACGAUAUAUAAGAUAAUGUUUGAUGACAGUAGAAUACAUGUAAGUUCAACAUGUGAAAAACUGAAUCCAAGGUUGAGAUGGCAUUUGUCUAACAAAACAGCUAGGUUUACAAAAACAGAAAGAAUAACCCAAAAAUUGAGCACAUUGUCACAGCUCCUUCUGCUGAUAAAAAAAAUCUUUAGACAACGGAAAGAGUUGUUAUAUCAGUUGAUUAAAUAUUAGAUCAAAUCCAUUAAAAAAGAGAAAGAAAGUUGAGUAUAAUGUUGCUGUAGACAGUGAACAACAAUUUAAGAGAGUAAGAUUACUUCACAAAAGACUGGUAAUCAAAGACAACAUAGAUAAAUCAUACUUUUCCAUUGAUGCUAUAGUUGACCGUAUGAGAUAUCACAAGAAAACCCAGUAUAAUGAUUCCUCUAAAGAUGAGGCAUUAGCCACGAUAUCAAAUGAGAAACAAAAGAUUAUUGACCAAUUAAUCAUAAAUUUUGACUUAAUAUCAUAUUCUUUACUUUUCCACAGUGCUAUAUAUUGUACACUGUUAGUCUUAACUAAUAUAGAUAAACUGUUAUUUUAAUAUCUUUAUUCUUUACCGCAUUUAUAAUAUAAUUCUUUUGGUCAAUUUUAAUACCAUAUCUUUAUCAAUAUAUCAUUCUUGAAUAAUACGAAGAUUAAUAUACUAUUAUACUAGAUAAGAAUACACGGAAUUACACUCGUAAACGAUUACCAAGAAAUAAAAAAGAAGAACUACUAAAGUAGCCAUGGGUGACAAGAAAAUACCCUAAAGGCCCCUCCCAUAUAUGGCGCAAGAUUUUGGCAUUACAGCUCCUGUAGUAGAAGUGAUUUUUCUUUGAUCCAUACAACCUUCAUGAUCAAAGACUGAGGACUACACGAAGUAAUCUGCACUGUUCCUGGAGUUUUUUUAUAUGUUAAACCAGAGUAGGUGUUACUCACUAAAUGGUUAUGUAGCUCUCAGUGGUUAUCACUGAAAUCAAACUCGCGUGAUAAAGGAAAUGUUUUGAACGAGAAAUGAAAGCCUUUUUUUUUUUUUUUUAAGAAACUGCGGGUUUACAUUGCGACCACGUGUGUAUCGGAUGUUCCCUGCUGAUCAGGUAAGCGUUAGCUGGAAAAAAAUCUUUUAACGCAGGAUAGUUUAUUUCCCUGUUUGUUCCUUGUUUUUUUAAGGCUGCAUCAAGGAACCAACAAACAUAACGCAAAACUUUCAGCUCUCUGACUUCUGUGGUGAGGGCUGUUUAUCAAUCUACUUACGUACUUAUUUGGUAACUUUACAUGUUUUCUUUUCUACAGGAAACAGAAAGAGUGAACAUUGGUAUGCAAACAUCAAGAAACGGCCCUACCCAGGGAAAUGAUCAUCGCUAAGGAUGCCUCUUGUUCUCGACACAUUUACCUCCAGUUCGAGAGAAUCCGUAGAUCCGU